AUGAGUAGCCCAAAGCGCAGAAUCGAGACAGAUGUCAUGAAGAUGUACGACCGACAACUCCCUACCCUUUCAAAUUCGCCGCCGCUUCUCCGAACGCUCAUGAGUGACUAUGAGGUGACACUGGUCAAUGACAACAUGUAUGGCCCGGAAGAGACACCAUUUACCGGAGGCCUUUGGAAAAUUCACGUCGAAUUACCUGAUCAGUACCCAUACAAAAGCCCGAGCAUCGGAUUCGUCAACCGAAUCUUCCACCCAAACAUCGAUGAGCUUUCGGGCUCAGUCUGUCUCGAUGUGAUCAACCAAACCUGGUCGCCGAUGUAUGACAUGCUCAACAUCUUCGAGGUCUUCCUUCCCCAGCUCCUCCGCUAUCCCAACCCUUCGGAUCCUCUCAACGGGGAAGCAGCUGCGCUGAUGAUGAGAGAACCCAAGGCAUAUGAGGCAAAGGUGAAAGAAUAUGUUGACAAGUACGCCAGCAAAGAGGCUGUGGAUGAAGCAGGCGAGGACACCGAGUCUGAAGAUGAGCUCAGCUCGGCGGGGAGCUACGAGUCUGGUGGUGAAGAGCCUGCGGGUACAAUGGACGAUGUCUAA